AUGACCAUCGACAUGAAUACGCAUAACUCCAUACUGGGCAGUGUGUUUGCAGACUUUUACGACCAGCAGCUCCCGUCUAUUCAGGCUAGUGUGCUCUCACAACAGUUGGAGCAGUUCAACAUGAUAGAAACUCCCAUCAACUCUGACAGCCUGUAUAACCAUACCUCCACCCUCAACUACUCCCAGGCGCUCAUGAUGGGUUUGACUGGUGGCCAUUGCGGCCUGCAGGACUCGCAGCAACUGGGCUACAGUAGCCAUGGAAACAUCCCCAACAUCAUUCUCACAGUGAGUGGAGAGUCUCCCCCCAGCCUGCCCAAGGACCUGACCGGCUCUCUGUCCACAGAUGUCAGUUUUGAUAUCGACUCCCAGUUCCCACUGGAUGAUCUGAAAAUAGACCCACUGACUCUUGACGGCCUGCACAUGCUUAAUGACCCAGACAUGGUCCUCGCCGACCCAGCCACAGAGGACGCGUUUCGCCUCGACCGGCUCUAACCAAUGAUGGUGCACAGGUGUGUGAAUGCCGCAGGCCUGGGCGGGAGGGAGAAGGGGAGUUACAUUUUAGAGGAUGAGUUCAAAAAGAGAGGGAUUCCAAAGUGUACUGGUCAAGAUCUGGUCAGUGCAGAGUAUCAUUCCCAUUAAACCAACCCAAUUAAACCCCACAAGAGAGCUUUCAAAAGAGAAGAUUGUAGAAAAACACAAUGUGAAGUUGAAGACGUGCCCAGCCUCCCAUCUCUUCAGAACCAGAAUGAUGGUUUACGACUGAUUACAAUCAAGUUUUGUUUGCAGAUCUCUCAGUUUUUAAAAAUUACGCUUUUAGUUUUGGUUGAAUUUAGAUUCCUAUUUUUUAUGGAAGUAAAUAUGAGGUUAAAUCGAGCCUCAAAGUCUGCAGAGUUAAUCCUUUUCAAUCAGUAGUGUUUGACACACGUGUUUACAUCGCACAGCUGGAUGACUCAGAGGAAACACCUGUCAGGUUAGACCUGCUCUAUGCCAGGCUGCUUGUACUCUCUGUCAAUUUAGUUGUUGUUGAUUUAGUGCUAAUCCCCAUUUGGUUUGAUCAAGAAGACAAACUCAGACCUGGUUAGAGUUUUCACACAUUUCCUCUGAAGACCCAAAAGACAAUAACUUGUUAUUUUACCAACUGAGAUAUUUUAAGAAAAUGCUGAUUAUCGGUUAUUACCAUGGUAAAUAGCAGUCAUCGGUUAUGCAUGAAAUUACAAAACACUGUGCAUACUUGUUUUGCCUUAAUAGCUUAACAUUUUGUUUUUUUGUGUGCAAAUAUGACUAUUAUGUAAAUGAGAAAAAAUACAUUUCAAAUGUUGAGUUACUGUUGAGCAGGUGGUCUGGUCUACAUCAUUCAUGGUUGCAUUUUUUGGAGGUGCACUGACCUUUACCCAUUACUCCACCCAUUGUUACUAACAUGCCAUUUAUCUUUUACAUGAUCAGCCCAUUCUAAAUGGUUCACAGAGUGAUUCUGUUAUGAAAUAGAUGUUUACAGGCUUGUUUUGUUUUUCUCAUGUACAGAAUGUGAUUAGAUUUAGCGUAAUGGUGUCUAUGCAAAACUACAGCGAUUGAUUUAGGACUGUAAAGUGAAACACAUAAAAUGAACCCUUAUAAAAGGAAGCCAACAUGCAAGACUCUCAUAGCGCUGGUGCCAUGUUUCAUUUCUUGUAAUACUUUGAAAACUUCUUUUAGACUAGUUAAUUGUGGAGAAAAAAAUUCUCGGUGAGUAGGGCACCCUGUAGAAACUCUCCAGGAUUUCUCCCAAAGAUGUGACCUCAGUGUAGUCGAAAUAUAUAUAUUUUUCCAGAUAAUUAAACUGCCUCUAUACUAGAACAGCAUUGUUGAUGCAAUGAGAAUGUAUUUUGGUCACAUCUUUACGGUUGUGUUGUUGCCAUCUUGUCAUCCUCAUUGCCUCUCAUAUCUGGCCUUUGUGUACUGUAGGACCAAAUAUCUUGCACCUGAUUGUUUUUCUCCCUGCAAAGGAGAUUUGUCUUUUUUUUAAAACGUUAAGACUUUAUUUGUUUCUUUAGCACUACAGUGACUCUGAAUAUCUGUUUCCUAGUCAUAAUGCUGCUUUGUGUACCCUUGGUUGACUUGUUUGAUGUAUCUCUGGCUCUUUUGUUCUAAAACUUUUUGGCUUUCUGCUCUAAAACACUCCUCAUGAAGCCAGGAUCAACAGCUUGACUGCGUCCAUAUCUCAUAUUGCACUUUAUGCAUUUAUUUGAAAAAAAGAUUUAAAAGAUUUUAUAUACACCCCCCUGUGACUGUUGCGUGCACUGGACCUGUUGUUGCCCUGUCUCUGUUUAAAUUGCCUUCUUGUAAAAAAAAAAAAAAAAAAAAA